AUGGCAAACUCGCCCUACAAGACGCCCCCGAGCAAUCGACUCACCGUUUCCUCGCUCCUCUCGCCCCCUGAGAUGAAGCGAUCAGAGUCGUUUGGCACAUCAAUUCCGCCUGCAUUUAUUCAAUCGCCCUUCUCCUCGUUCAAUUCAGGAGCUUCCAAGUCCGCCAACAGCCCCGACAUGACCCUCCAGGCAGCAGCCGCGCACCGCAUCGCCUACGCCUCUCCGCCAAUCUCGCCAUACGACACACAGGCACAAAAGGAGAACAUGGAGAGUGCCGACGAACAAUGCACGCGGGACCCCCAGCUGUUCGCUCCGGUCGAUGCAGCGGCUCCCAUUGCUGACAUGCCGCUGUUCCCCGAGGAAUCAUCCGAGUCAGCCUCACAAGAGGCCAUCACCGCGCACAUGAACUCCAAGGAUUACGCACAGCUAGAGAGCAAGCCGAGUCGCGCAGACUACGAAUUGACCGCCACAUUUGUCUCCAAUGUCUUCGCCUUGGCCAAGAAGGAUCCGAAAGCGUGGUGGGCUCAGGAGCGACGCUUCGAUAGCUACUACGGCAAGCCAACCGGCGUGCAAAAACGCUCACCCUUGAAGAAGCUUGCACCUGCCCCAUCGUCGCGGCCCCGCCAGCCCAAGGUCGCUGUUCCUCGGCUGCCUCCUCGCACUCCUCGCGCUGCACCCAAGGCCAAACGCACGCCUCUCACACAAAUCCACGACUCUUUCGACACGACCAUGACCACCACCACCACCAUCACCACCUCACCAAAGUCUGCCUCUCCUAAGCCUUCCCGACCAGCCACCAAUCGGGACGACUCCGACUACAACGCGAUUCCAGAUUACUCGCCACCGCUUGACACGCUGCCCAAGGGCAACACCAAGAUCCUCAAGGCUGAGUGGAAAGGGCAAGCACUGUCACUGGCCGACGAUCCCGAUCGUGAUCUUCUGCACGAGGCUGAGUUGAACCUCGCUGGCACGCUCCGCCUCAACUGCGCCACGUAUCUUACGAGCAAGCGACGCAUCUUCCAGGCUCGCAUCGAGGCACUCAAGAUUGGCAAGGAGUUCCGCAAGACGGAUGCGCAGCAGGCGUGCAAGAUUGACGUCAACAAAGCUAGUAAGUUAUGGCAGUCGUAUGAUCGUGUGGGCUGGUUCAAUCCGGAGUACUUUCGCCAGUAUCUCUGA